AUGUCAUCUGAAACGUAUUGUCGUUUUUGUGCUUUAAAAUUUCCAUUAACGUCUAUGAAAAAUUUAGAGAAUGUUAAAGAAAAUAAGCUACCUUUAUUUAUCCUAGAAUAUUUACAUAUUAAACUAAAUGAGAAUACCGAAUUACCGAAAACACUUUGUAAAACAUGUCAGAAAAAUAUAUCCAAAGUGAAUCAAUUUCUUACAAAAGUAAAAAAUGCUCAACAAAAAUUACAAGAUAUAUUCUCAUAUAAUAAUGUAAGCAUUAAAUUAGAACAAGAUACUGAUGAACAAUUAAAAACCGAAAGCGAAUACGAAAAUGAGGUUAAAGAUGUUAAGGAAGAAGCUGAUUCUGACAAUGACUAUCAUUUUUCGGAUAAUGUUGAAGUCUCCUUAGCAGAAGAAGAAUCUGAGAAGAUAAAGUCAGAGAGUCCAGAAAAAUCAAAAGAAUCUAAAGAAGAUCAAAGUGACGAAAAAGUGAAUAACCACAGUACAAAAAGUAAUAAUUUAAAAGAACGAAAACUAAACGGUUUACAUAAAGUACGUAAAGUUGAAUUUAAAUGCUAUAAAUGUGAAUUAAUGGUACAAACCGCUGAGGAUUUACAAAAUCAUUUUACAACCGAACAUUUUUGUAAAACAGAAUAUGUUUGUACAAAAUGUAAUGCACUAUUCGAUGAACUGAAAGCAUUCGAACAACAUUUGUACGAACAUUAUUUACGAUAUAAAAAAUUACGAUAUACAUGUACAAUUUGUGGGAAAAAAUUUAGUAAUAAAACUGUUUUUACGGCACACGAAGAUUAUCAUUUAGGAAUAAAACGUUUCUCUUGCAACGAAUGCGGAAAAAAAUUUCGAUUAAAACAACAUUUAAGAGUUCAUGAAUUUAAACAUAGAAAAUUGCGAAACAAAGAUUAUAAAGUUAAAUGUAAUCAAUGCGAUAAAAUAUGUAACAGUCCACAUUUACUGGAACGACACAUGAGAACUCAUAUACCGAAUGAAGAGAAAUACAAAUGGAAAUGUGAGAAAUGCGAAAGAAAAUUUGUUUCUGUUGAAAAUUACAAUAAUCAUCAAGUUUUACAUCAAUAUGAAAAUGAAAAAGAUCACAUGUGUGAUCAAUGCGGAAGAUCAUUUAAAAAUAAACAAAAUUUCAUUGCGCAUAAAGCAAGUCAUACAACUGAAAGACCUUUUAAAUGUGAUCAAUGUACUAAAAGCUUCAAAACAGAACGUACAUUACAAAAACAUUCAGUAAUUCACAUUGAUGUAAAACCGUAUGGAUGUGAAGUAUGUGGAAAGAAAUUCCGUGCAAAAGGAAACCUAAAUCGACAUUAUGCUGUGCAUACAGAAGAAUUUCCAUUCGAAUGUGAAUAUUGUCAUAAGGGAUUCAAAAGAAAACCCUGUUUGCAAGUACAUCUGCGACAACAUACAGGUGAACGUCCAUAUUCUUGUACAGAAUGCAAUCAUCAUUUCACAAAUGUAUCAAAUUUCUUGAAGCAUUUAAAGGGUAAACAUGGACUAAAAAAUGUUUCUAUUUCCAAUAAAUACCAAUAUCCCUUUAAUGAAUAAGUUUCUCAUUACACCAAAACCAAAAAAGUAAUACUUAUGUAUAAAUUUAUUUACCGUGUCAUUUUAGAUAAUACAGAUUAAGGUUGUUAUGAAAAUGGAAAGGGACUCUCAUUAUCCUUCUCACUCUGUCUCCUGCAAAAUGCAUGAAACAAAGUAUCUGCUACCAACUUGAUGAAAAUAUAUUGGGAUCUGACAUAUGGGCGGGGCUAAAAAAACAUGGCUGACAAAAAGUGACAAAUUUUAAAAAUAACAUAGUAACCCUUUGUGCAAUUUUCCAAGAAGAGAAUGAUUAAUAUUAAUGAAAUUUGUUGUUGGGGGUAAACAAAAUCGAGUAAUCGUAAUUUUAUUGAAGGUGAAAGACUUUAAAAAGCAGGUCAUGUGAUUAAAUGUGGAAAAAAUCAAGUCGAAAGUGAGGAGAAUGUGCUCAGUUUAACGUCAUACUGUUUACAAACAACUAAUUUAAAAUAAAAGCUUCAUCAAAUCGAUAUAGAUAAAUAUUUCUUCAAGUAUUCUUGAUGUCAAAACACAGUAAUCUUUUUGGAUUUAAACAUAUUAGUUGAUAAGACAUAAUCAUUUUUUUUUAAAUGAAGUGAGCACACUUUUUGACUUAUAAGAUAUUUUUUAAUUGCAGUGUUUUCUGCCAUAAUUUUAAGACAUCAAUUUUCCCAAAGUUACCAAAAUAAUUUUCAACUUUCAUGUAAUAUUUGCCUGCUUGAGGCAAAUUAUGAAAACUCAGACCUGAUUCGUAUUGGAACGACUUUGGCAAUUUUUCACACAGCACUUUACUUUUCUCGUGCUUUUAAAUUGAGGUAAAUACUUUCCAGACGAAAUAAUUUAAUUUUUUUUAUCAAUUAUUUAUUAUUAUUGUAAUUAUAACUUGCAAAAAGUAAUCAACUCCAAACUUUCAAUGCUCAACACUAAAAGCUGUAACUUGAAAUUAGUUUCUACUUUGACAACCAGGUUUCAUGCCUCCUUUUGUCAGAUCCCAAUAUAAUUAUAUUAAAUUUUAUACAUUUUGUAUAAUAAUUUUUGUUAAUUGUAUCAAAAACCAAAAACAAGAAUGCUUUUCAAAUGGAUACAGUUAUUUAUAAGCCUUUUUUUGUAAAGCUGUCAUUUCUGGGCCUCGAGUUAUGAAUCUUUAGUGUGUUUACCGUCGUUUCCCUACAAAACAUUAUUAAUCCGUCUCAAACUAAUAAUUUUCACGAAAACCAAGAACAGGAAUGAUUUCAUAUUUUAGCUAGACUUUCCAUAUUAUGUGAAUUACAUAAGAUUUACUUCCUA